UAAUCUCGUCGAGUAAUUUUGGUUUUAGUUCUGUGGAGUGAAUUGAAUUUCCAUUUGUGCGUAAAUUUUAAUAGGAUGACUAGUAAAAUAAGGUUUCAAUCCGCUAUUAAUGAAUCGAGAGUACUGUAAAUUUAACAUAAGAAAGAGUUCUCUAUUUUUCUAUUUUGUGCUUUUUUUAAAACGGAUGACUUAAAUCUGCGCAGUGACUUGUACUUUUUAUAAAAAAAACAGUGGGAAAAUAAUUCACAAAAUGAUACAGGACGAUGAAUAUGAACUUCUGGUAACUACCCCAGAGCGAAUUAAAGCUCUGGGGUUCAAACCUCAGAAGGAAUUUUUGACGAAUCACUUAUUGCCAUAUGCCAGUGAGCUUGACGAAGAAUCGACCAGAUUUUUAGGACAAGUGAAGAUAAACUUGGCGAAGUCUGUUAUGUUACGAGAGAUGAAGCCAGCAUGUGGAGUCUGGCUUUCUAGAUUAAUGAAGUACAUAAGAAUUUAUGGACUAAAGUUCAGUAAAGCUGACCACAUAGACCUCAUCAAAUUGGCAUAUGAGCUUAUUAUCAUUCCAGAUCUUGAACCUAGCAAAGUUCAUAAGUUUAGUACAAUGUUCAUUAUGCUCACAAAAAAGAGACAACUGAUUUCACCAGAAGAACUGAAACUUCCCUGGAGACCUCUAUAUGACUUAGGACAAAGAAUAUUUGAUAAGAAUGCGCUUCAUGUUGGAAUGUUUCAUUAUAUUAGGCCUGACCGUAGUGGCAAACAAGGAUUCGAUGUUUUCGAUUUGAUUCGCAAACUCCUGUCGGGACAUGGGGUUGAAGAUGCACUACAUUUGUUUGGUCUCUCAAUCUCGGACAAAAGUGAACUGCCUACUUCUCUGGAAAGUUCAUACGUUGCAUUGGUGAAGUGCGCAAGACCAUAUUUCGAAUUGAGCGCAACAAAGGAGAUAUUAGACUUGUUACUACCUCGAAUCAACCCCUGGACAGCGGACUCGUAUGUAUUGAGUCAACUGGUAGUAUUUCUUCCUGUUGCAUUACAUCCCCGGAACUCGGCGUUAGGUCACGAACUUUGGUUUGAGAAGCUGAUGGUUUUAUGGGACACUUGCUACAAUGCUCAGUGUGGAGUUUGGGAUCUGAUGAUAAUAUUUACUGGUCUGGCAAAGAGAAAUCCCGGUGUGAUAAACUGGUCACAGUAUGCUCCUAGAAUAUUCUCGAGAUUCCUUCAUGCAUUAAAUCUUCCCGUCAGUUAUAAAGAUAUGCAAAUUAACAAUCACUACACUCUUGAUACAAAACACAUGGCCUCGUGGAUUGUAUGGAGUAUCUGCCCCGAUGGAGUGGUUCUUAAACACCUGCGUUGUUUUAUGGGAGGCGUAGAAAGUUACUUGCACAGUGCGAACUCUGGUCGAUGGUCAUAUAAACUUAGGGACUUUCUAAAAAAGCUUACCAAAGAAUUCCUAAACAGGUAUCGUCGAGAAACUGAGCACAAAUUUAAAGAGAGCUGGGAGAAUCAAGUACCUGAACAUUACAAACUGAGAGAAGAAGAUAUAACUGAGUUCAUAAACAUAGUUUUAGAACCUACAUUGCAAGCUUUGUAUAAUCGAGUCGACAGUCUUGAAGUAUCAUUUGCCUUACAAAAUUUAGCUACACUGCGACCUGCUAUCGUUAUUCCACCGUUGCUGGAAAAAUUUAAGACUUCCUUGAAUUCCCUGACCGAGCCCCACAGAGUCACGGCCGCCAUGUCCGGCCUGGCCGCGGUCGCCAGGCCGAUGGUGCGAGGUCCCGACGCCGGAUAUUCGGAAGGUCCCACUCAUAUCGUCCACAUCCUGAUGGCCGUGCUCCCAGGUCUCGAUCCGAACGAUAUCAAGAAAACAUUGGUUUCCCUUCAUUUUAUUUUGUUCUUCAGUUGGAUGGUGCCGUUGAUAGAUUGUAGUUCGGCUCACGAAUACUGGCCGGAUCUGACAGAGGAGGAAUUGCUGACGUGCGAGUCGACCGCGCAGAUUGAAGACUUCGUUUUAGUUUUCUUUGAGAAGAUUUUCUCGAUCGUAGAAUCCAGUGUACUAGAACACGUGCGCUUGGACACCAAAGAGUCGGACGGGAUGCGAAGUAAGGCUGAUGCUGUCAUGGAGGCGGCGUUGUCAUCUGCUACAACUGCUGUGCUAAUGCAGUGCUCUCCUAAAAUAUUCAAGGAAGCUCUGAGGAAGUUCAAAUCGUUCGCCACGCAGACCACGUUUGAGACGAACGUGUCCGGUAGCAUGGUCGGGGUGUUGCUCCGUGUGUUUGCUCGAGUCGACCCCGAAUCGACAUUAGCCGCAUUUCUGCCUCUUCUUUGUGAUGAACUCGACGAGUUAUUAGCGAGCGACGAUGCUCUCAAGGAAGAGAAUCCCCCACGAGACCUGAUGUACAGACUAGUUCUAUUGAUGCAUUUAGUAGAAUGCGAUGGGACGGUUCUAUUAAAGUAUGUCCCCAGAAUUAUUCCUGUACUGGAUCGGGCACUUAAAAUUCAAACGUAUUACGCAUUGAAUCGGGCCUCCGAAAUCCUAGCUCACAUGCUGAUUUCGUUCAACUGCAUUGAGCUGAAAGAAUGGAAGAGUUCGACUAAGGAUUACAGUGCAGCGCCUCAAACGUGGCUGCCCGUCAGGGAGUGGGGCCACGGCUGCAAGCUCAAGGACCUUAGUUUCAAAUGGCACGUCCCCUGCAAGGAGGAGGCCGAAUGCGCCCAAAUGCUUUUGGACAGAUACAUGAAGCCCGAGAUAUCGAAGUUAAAGCAGUGGGUAAACGGUGACUGCGAAAUGAGUCGCGAAGAGAGAUGCAGGUGUUUCUAUGUACUGGUGGCUGUGUUAUCAUGCGGGAAUUUCUUACCGCAACCCAACGAAGAGCCAGUGUUGUUAUUGGAAACUCAAGUGCCGUCGACGAGUAUACCGUACACGAACGGAGUUAAGUUUUCUAUAACACUGGACGGCGAGAACGUUCGCGUCGCCGUCACGCGGCUGCUAGUCCGAGUGCAGGAGCGGAUGUUGGCCGACAAGUCGGAUGACACGCGCGGCCUCGAGCUACUCACGAAGGUAUGGGAACGUGUGGUAGUGAUGAAGGGUUCCAGAGUCGGUCCCAGUCUAGAAGAGCGUCUGAUAUCGUACGGCGCGCUGGACCGCGUGCUGGACGGACGCGCAGGGCCCACCAAUCGGUUCGGAGGCGCCGGGACCUCCAGACUGCGGAUGUUGACGGCCGAAGCGGCCAGGAUACACGACGAGUCGAGAGUGAACCUGGUGUGCGAGGCGGGGAUCACGCCCAUAGCCCUGAAGGCGCUGCACGCACUGGCCGAGUUGUCCGUCAACACGUACACUUCUGUUCGAAUGCUCUCCCAAAUCAGACUGUACUGGAUGCUCAAUCAUUAUCCUUACUCCUACCGCACUCUGGUGCCAAAGUUGGCUGAAUUGUUGAUCAAAGGCGGCGAAGGCGACGAAUGGCACGCCCGUCACAAAGGGACGUUAUACAUGAUGCUCGGUCCGAGGAAUGCACCGUUGAUUGCUAAACAGGACUGGGAAGUGGCCAGAACGUUGUGGCCUGCCAUACUGAAGGCCCCCCUCAGCGAGAAACCAAGUAUACUAAAGUUAGAACAAGCAUUUGGGGACACGAUACACCGUAACUUCCCAGCAGUCAACACGCGUUUGGUGAUACCGCAAUCGGCAAUAGAUGCGGCCGCCCGCCUCCUCACCGAGGAACAACUCAACGAUGCCGAGUUUGUCGAAAUGCUGAAGAAGGCCAAACAAAACGAGACGGCGUUUUCCGAUCGAAAUGAGAGAUUGUACAAUGAAUUAAUAUUGGAACUGGUCGAUUUAGCGGAGACGCCUAACAUACCGUGGCGGCGGCUGGAGCUGGCGUUCAACAUGGCGGUGUACUGCCCGUCGCUGCAGACGGCGUACCCGGCGCGCGCGGUGCGGCUGGCGGCGCGCGGGCUGCUGCACGACGACGUGGCGGUGCGCAGGUCGGCGCAGCGGCUCGCGCACUACGCGCUCAAGCAGCGCAAGCGCCCGCUGCACAAGAUACACGUCGACCCGUACGAGCUGGCCGGCCUGCCGCGCCCCGCACAGCACAUACCCGGUUACAGAAAAGAUGUGGAGUGGGUCAUGUGGUCUGAAGACAGGAUACCAAAGAACGAUGAAGAAUGGGAUAGACCGUGGCUGAGAAGUCCUUCUUUUGGAUUUUAUCAGUGGCCCGAGAAAUUGGUGGUAGCCGCCCCGAUAAGUCAACAGACGUGCUGUAAAUUCCCUCCUCCUGAAUGUAUGGAGGAGGGCGAACGCUACCUUUUCGAGUUCUUCGAUGACGACGAAAACGUUAACAAACUGGUCUCGUUCCUGACCGUCGAGGAGAAAAAGGGCAAGGACAAGUUCAGCGGCGUUCGAUUCUUGUUCUUCAAGUUUCUGUUUGCUCAUUUCGGACCUCGUAUUGCGGACAAGUUCACGGCGCACGCGCUGCGGUGUGCGGCGGAGACGCGCGAGGCGCCGCAGCGGUUCGCGGCGGAGGUCGCGUCCGCCGCGCUGCGGGCCGCGCGCUACUGGACCAGAGACGACGCUCUGAAGAUGUACAGCGACACACUAGAGAUAUUUAAAGCGGGUCUAACAUCAGUGACUCCAGAGACGAUGAAUGAUUGGGGCACGGCUUUGGCGACCGGUAUGGAGAAGAUGGAUCCGCUGCGGGGCGCCACUGUGGUGCAGGGGAUCGUGGACCUCGCCAUCCCGCCACCAGCGCCAGCUAAUGCUGACCCUGAUCAGAAGGCAUCCUUCGUUGUGUGUGCCCGAUUGCACGCAUUACAGGGAGCCAUCGGGUCACUGAAAUGGCGAACUGCAUCGCUGUCCCAGAUCCUGCUGAAGAAACUCGAUGCUGCGAACUUUAUACAGCAUCCUUACCAGAAUGUGCGGGAAAGUGUCGGAAGUUUGCUAGCGACAAUGUUCGACACGGAAGUGUUGUUCCCCGGCGGGCCUACUGGUUACUCCCUGUCUCUUGGCGACUUCAUAGAAUCGAUUCAGCCAAGACUGGCCCCUUUGUAUGAUGAGAAUGGAGACAUUGUGAUAUCGCUGACGACAACUACGUCACCGCUACAAGCGACGGCCGCCGAGGAGGCUCCGCAGUCGGCCGCUUCCACGUCCAGAACCAGAAACUCGUUAAGCGGACAGAUACCGGUGCGCGUCGCCAGACUGUCGCCCGACUCCGCUGAAGCUUCCGUGAGCGAAGACGCAGCUCAGUCUGAAGCGGUUGAAGGUGAAGAAGAAUCGAUAGGCCGUAGUCGUUUAGAGAAGCAGCUGGUGGAUCGGCUCGACGCGGCGCUCAGUCUGUCCGGGGACGCGCCUGUCGUCGCGCCCCAGCCCAAGGAUCACGCCCGGGCUCUGAGUCUACUCACUACCGUGAUCCGCGCGAGCACGGGCGUGUGCGUGCGCGGCGUGAGCGCGGGCGGCGUGGGCGGCGGCGUGGUGCGCGCGGCGUGUCGGUGCGCGGCGCGCGGCCCCACGCAGCCGCACGACGAGCUGCCGCGCGCCGCCGCCGCGCUGCUCGCCGCGCUCGCCGUGCAGACGCGCACCGCCGCCGGCUUCGAUCGCACCUGCGACGAACUAGAACUGCUCGCCACAGGUAACUCGUGGUGGGCUCGACUGGCGUGCUUGGACUUUGCUCAGCCGUUCCUGUUUUACGGGCUCCCGUUUCUGUGCGAUAGUCCGGACAGAGCUGUUCGAGCCGAACAGUUCGCUUUGAAACUCAUGCGGGACUCGCGACUCGAGGUUCGACAGUCGGCUGCUAAGCUGUUGACAGGAUUGAUGCACUGUCGCGCUCUACCCGACGAACAGAGGACGUUGCGUUUGUUGAUACGCAGCGCUCGAUCGAAGCAACUGGUGGAGAGACAUUUCGGGGUGCUCGGCAUGUGCGCCUACCUGUCCUCUCGACCGUACAGCAUCGGGUCCAAGUUCGGCGACGUGCUGUCCGAGCUGUCCCGGCACACGAACGCGCCGGACCCGGUCCCCGCGACCAUACGACGCGCAUUAGCAGACUUCAGGAGGACCCACCAAGACGACUGGCCGAAACAUAGAGAUCAACUCUCUGAAGACGAACUGGACAUGUUGGCUGAUCUCACUUCCCCCCCUUCGUACUUCGCCUAGCUUGCCAACGUUAGCUGCGUAAAUCAGGACCUCCCUAUUUAUAUUGUAUAUUGUUCAGGUUUCGUUUUAGGCUGGCGACAGACAGAUCUGUGCAAUGUAAUCACAAUCCGAGCUUUUUUAUUUUUGUCAGAACAACCGAGACAAUAGUGGAUGCAAGUAUCCAAAAAUUUCGUAAGUUGCCACACGAUAAAAUGCUUUAAGUCAGUUGCCAGCUUAAAAUAAAUAAAAGCCGAUAUAUGUAGGUAGUUUAAAGAUUUGAAUUUUUUGUAGAAAUGUAGCAGAAUUUAAUCUUGAUAAAAAAAAACGCAAGAAAGCACAACAGACAUGUGAGAAAUGACAUUUGGCUACAUUGGUAGCUCGCUGUUUCUUCUACGGUAUUCUGCUCGUUAUAACGGGUUGCGGCAUAAAUAAUAAUUCUAUUGGACGUUGAUAUAUUUGUUUCUGUGGGAUGUUUUGGGUGAAGACAUUUUUAUUGGGAUUGGAUUUUUUUAUUAACCAUCACCAAAAUUAAGUUAAGAUUCAUAAAGUAAACAAUUCAUUUCGUGACUGGCCCGAAAAUUAUUUUAUAUGAUUAAUACAUAUAGGACUAAAAGUUGCUUUACUAAUAAAGUUAUUUUGUAUACAGAAAAUGUAAUGUUUGGAAAUUAAAUUUUUAGAACGGUCAUAAUUAAUUGUUUUUCAUUAUUUAAAUUGGGAAUAAAUCGUAAUUAUGUGGAAUAUUCGGUGCACUGUUGGUUUAUUGUGCAGGGUUUUAUUGAAAUGUUAAUUUUUAGCUCAAUAUUCUUGAAAGGUCAUCGGGAAAUCAUAAUCAUUAUAUAAAUUUAAAGUUUCUAAUUUUGUAUGUCGAUCAACUGUAAAGAAAUUUAAUUGUUAUUUUUUUGUUAUAUUUAUAUAAAUAUGUACCUUAUAUGUUUGGAAUAUUCGUCGCUUUGUAUAGAUAAUUUCAGUAAUCGUGAAAAUGAUGUCUGAACACUUUGACAUGACAUUUUAUCUACUGUAAAUAAAUAAAUGAACAAACACAAAUGUACAUUAACAUGUACAGAGCAGUAAAUUCAUUGACAGAAAUCAUCACCGAGCCUAAAUUAAAGGAGUACCUUGAUUCACAAGGUUGAGGAACUACCAUAGAAUUAAUCUGACGAUAUUCUGUGUAAAUAGAUAUUGUUUAAAUUUUAUAUUUAAUUAUUUUAGGAAAAUAGCUCAAUUUUUUGGCCUCUAAUAAUAUAUAAGAUAUGUAUUUUUUGCAACACACAAUUUAUGUAUAGCACUGCAAUUAAUUAUGAAAAGUCAACUUUAUUAAAUCAAAGAGGUACACUCUUUGUGAUGCAAUAACUUUCAAUUUUGUCUAUGGUUGAACCGCAAUUAAUAACGUACGUUUUUCUACUUCAUUAAUUUGGGAAGCCCUAUCUUCGAUAGAUUCAAUAAUUUUCAUAAAUAUAAUUAUUUUACUGCAACUACAAAUUUCUGCAUUGCGAAAAAUGAAGAAACAAUAAUCUGUAGAAUAUUCCCUUGUAAAUUUUGUUUAUUUAUUUAUGUAUAAUUGUGUAUCCAUUUUACAUAGAUCUGGUAAAGGAAGGUGAUGAGACUGUAAUUAAUGUAUCAUUAAAAAAAAAAAUGAAACAAAACUUCA